UUUAUAGUGCAAAUUGUUACUCUUUCAGACGCCUGCUUCUGCCAUGCCGCGCUCGUUUCUUGUUAAGACCAAACGGACGCUUCCUUUUAGCCCACCUAGGGACAACUUCAGACAGCAGGCUGAAACACACGCUGUGCAGUCUAGGAUUGGGAAUCCUGAAGACGCUCCACAACCUUUAUGCCCUGGGAUGAGAGACCUUUUGAAUGAUCCUUGCUCACAAAUAGAUGGAUUGGCAGAAAGCUCUUACAGCGACCCAAAGGACAAGCUCUGGCUUUCAGCCCCUGGGGAGAAAGGAGACUGUCCUCUGCCGAUCUCUCAAUGGUCAUCAGACCAACAACAAUCUGACAGAGAGAGAGAACUGGAGAGGCUUGUCUUCUUGUUGCUCAACCACACAUCGCACACUGACCUCAAAUCACCCACCAGGAAUUGUCCACUCUGUGAGAAGUCUCUUUCAGAUGUCCUAAUGUCAAGCAGUCACCCGCAGGAUCGAGUGAACAACAACCACUCUAUUCCUUUGACAAGAUCGCUCACUACUACAGACAUGUCCCAUGUGCCCUUUGGUUUCGAAGCAGUUGGCAGCUACAGCAGAGCAAAGGAGCGGAACUUUGGCUGCAAAGUGUGUGGGAAGGUCUUCAAGCGCUCGUCUACAUUGUCCACUCAUCUCCUCAUCCACUCUGACACGAGGCCAUACCCCUGCCAGUAUUGCGGCAAAAGGUUUCACCAGAAGUCUGAUAUGAAAAAACACACCUUCAUACACACAGGUGAGAAACCACACGUGUGCAAGGUGUGCGGUAAAGGAUUCAGCCAGAGCUCCAACCUCAUCACCCACAGCCGAAAGCACAGCAGCUACCGGCCUUUCAGCUGCUCCCGUUGUCAGCACACUUUCCAGCGCCGGGUGGACCUACAGCGCCACCAAGAGACACAGUGUGUCUAUGGAGAAGUUUAUACCCAGAACUGAGCACAUCAAGUAACAAGGGCACAAUUACAUGGGCAAUAGUGGAACUGUUUGUAAAUAACCUUGAAAAUUUUUGUAUAAUAUUUAAAAGAAUGUGCAGUAUGUAUAUCUGUUUAUACCAACAAAGAUUAACUUGAUCGCUCUGUGACCAUUAUUUUAUCUUUUCUCAAGUGAGCUCAUUCGAUAACGAUAAUGGGAUUAUUUCUGAAUCUAUAAGGUGCAUCCCCCUUUAAACUCAUUUUCGGUUGUUGAAAAUUAAACUAUCACAAAAUUGCUUAAGCUCACCUGUGCCCUUAGUACCCUUCUGAUAGAGAUUAGUCAUCCAUAAAAUUCUACACUGAAAUAUGUAAUAGAAAAUAUGCAAAAAUAGAAUAUUGUCAGUUGCACUUCCCCUUACCAUCACCAAACAUGAAGUAGCAUUUCAGCCUGCAUCUUGCAACUAUAAUUGCACAAAAUCAGCUUAUGCAACCUUAAAUAAUACAGACAUUAACAUUUUUUAUUCAGGGCAAACAUUUCAGUUUUUUUAAAUAACAUUUCAUUGAAAUAUUCUAAACAGUUACAAGUCUUGCCUGUAGUCGGUAACUUUUUUGAUGUCAGUAUUUAGUAUAAAUCAUGAUACCAGAGGAUAAAGCUAAUGGCACAGCACCUGAAAAGAUUGUGA